UGGGUAUACAAUAUUCUUGAGCACAAAUCAGAAGUAGAAAGAUUGGUGUUUGAAGAUACAGAUCCUGUAAAUGGAUUUGUUAUGGUGCCUGAUUUAAAAUGGAAUGGAAAAGUAGAUACACUAUAUCUACUAGCAAUUGUUAAUAGACGUGAUAUUAAAUCUAUAAGAGAUUUGACAGGUGAACACUUGCCACUGUUGAAGAAUAUACAACAAAAAGGAACUGAAGCUAUUAAAUCAAAAUAUUCAUUGGACAGCUCGAGACUCAGAAUUUAUCUUCACUACCAACCUUCAUUCUAUCACCUACAUAUCCAUUUCGGUUAUCUACAACAUGAAGCUCCUGGUAUACUAACAGAAAAAGCUCACCUCCUUUCCCAGGUUAUCAGUAACAUUGAGCUAUUACCAGAUUAUUAUCAAAAAGUAACCAUACCUUUUGUCGUACGAGAGCAAGAUAAAUUUUUCAAAAAGUUAGAAGAGAAGGGGGUUCUGUCAAAGUCUUAGCAUGACAAGCCUGUAUAAAUCUGUUUUGUUCGAAAUUAGACCAAGACUACAAUGCGUUAAUGCAUUCAUCACCUUGUCUAGUGGUCAUCAAACUAUUGAAGUAACUUUGGAUGAUGAAAUUGUAAUAAUGACGAUAGGAACAGAAGUAGCUAGAAUUCCUUGUCGAGGUAUCAAAAUAAUAUCAAAUAGUGUCAGUUGUUUAAAAGUAACUGAUACAUUUGUUACAUUUAGAUUUUUCACAGAAUCAGCUGAAGAAAUAGGUAGCUUUAAAACGGAACUUUUGCAGAACACUAUAUCUAGUGAGGAAUCUUUAAGCAACAAACCAUUGCUUUCAAAUGGUGUUAAAUAUGUUUUGAAAUGUAUUAACUGUAAUAGAUCUCUAUCAGAUCCAAUCGAAUAUACUAGGAUAUUACCUUUACCCUCUGAAAGUUCAGAUGCUAGUGACUGGUUUUGUCAUAAUCACGGUGAGAACACAAAUAUCAGCUUAGAUCCCAAACCUAGUGACAUUUUUUAUUCCCAAUGUUUUGUUCACAUGAACGCAAAAUGUGUCAGCAAUGUUAAAAGUUGCAAACAAGUUUUUGUAUGCAAAUUCUGCCUUCAAUGGUUGGGAACAAAACACAACGAUAGCACAAUAAAGAUAUGGUUUAAUACUAUAAAAUUUACACAUGCUUAUGGAUCAAUUUCGUCUUGCAGCUUAGAUGACGCUUUCCAGACCAUAAAAAACAGUUUAAAGUAUUCUCUUCACAACGCAACAAAACUGUUAUUAUCUUGUAACACUUCUUCUACACAAACAGGCACCAUCAUGCUGUGGGUGUUAGAAAAGAAACUUCAAAUACUCUUUGGAGACACUAAUGUAAAGGAAUAUAAUGUAGCAAAAGUUUUGUUUAAGUUCGUCAGUAAAGACGAACAUCUCCUUCGACAAUGGGAAAAUGAUUCCUUGGUUACUAGCGUAGACAUAUCGAAACCUAUGAUGGUAGAGUUGUUGACCAAUUUACAUAAGUGUAAUAAAUUAUUUCCAUUAGAAUAUUCCAAAUCAAAUGGUUUUAAUGUUUCAUAUGCAUUCUUGUAUGACAUUUUUUGAAUAAAUAUUUUGCAAUAUUA